AUGAAGUUUUUGAUGCUCCUGGCGAGCCUGGUUCAGGCCUUGCCGAUGUCCAAUUAUCUUAUUGCUUCAAAAUAUACUGAUAAUAAAGCUCUACAGAUGACCCUCCUUCUGCAGCCUGAUUUCCUCGGGGGCAACAUUCAGCAAGCCAACCAAAUGUCAAACAUUCUUCCAUUCCUGAUCGCAUCUCAGGAUUCCUCCUCCGACGAAAGCGAUCUUCACACACUUGCCCUCAUCUCAGCUCUUUCGGCCAAUCCAUCAGCUGCACAGAACCCUUCCUCGCUUUUGCCGCUCGUUUUGAUGAAUGACGGAAAAACAGACAUGAAGAAUUUGUACUUUCUGCUAGGCACGGGGUUGACUAGUUAUUUAAUCGCCAGCUUGCGACGCUCCUUCAGCAUAAUAAGAUGGACCACCAUGAACAACCAAUGUCUUCCACCUCAGCAAAUGAGCAACCUUUUCCUCUCAUACGUCCUCAUGGAAAAAGCUCAAAAGGAAAAGAUCGUGGCAAUCAUUUUUGGAAUGAACACUGCUUGCGGAGUCACUGAAGCUCAAAUCCGUGCUGAUAUUGAAGCCAGUCUCGAAGCUGGACAAAAUCUUGGUGAUAUCGAUAUUGAUAUGAAAUACUGCCCUGCCGCGGGUAACCGAAGACGAAGAUCUACUGGAAGUAUGAUUCAGACGAUGACAGUCACGUUCGCUGUUCAAGUUACUCAAGCUCCUGGCCUUGAUAUUGCUGCUCAAAAGAGCAAAAUGGCGAACAACAUUGCUACUGGUCCCCUUCAAAGCAGUAUCAGAGGAUCUGUGAAAGCUUUCAAGACAAUUGAAAUCGAUUCCCCCGAAGCUAUCGCAUCCGUUACUGUCGCUGUUGCCGAUGUUCCCGCAGACUUGACACCAUCGGUUUCUCUGACAGCUUAUUUUGAUCAAGACUGCACAUCGACCGGCAUUGAAGCGAAGAUGGACAAUGCUGCUCCAACUUCCUCCUCAGUGGUCGCCAGAGUUUGUAACAGAAACCUUUGUAAUGGAUUCCCAUUGACUCAACAGCAGUGCUCCGUAACUUAUGAGACUGACGAUGUGACACUUGUUAUUGCCGACAAUUUCAAAAAUGCAAUCAGAACAAAUCUCAAUAAUGAGGGAUUUGUUUCAGUCUUGUUUAUGGCGCCGGCGCGCUGUUCAAGCCGCGACAACAUCAACAACGACCACGACGACUACGACAACUACGACAAGUACUACCAGUACUACCAGUACUACUACAACCACUACUACCAGUACUACCACGACCACUACGACCACGACUACUACAACCAGUACUACCAGUACUACUACAACCACUACGACCAGUACUACUACAACCACUACGACCAGUACUACUACAACCACUACGACCAGUACUACUACAACCACUACGACCACGACUACUACAACCAGUACUACCAGUACUACUUCAACCACUACGACCACGACGACUACGACAACUACGACCAGUACUACUACAACCACUACGACCAGUACUACUACAACCACUACGACCACGACUACUACAACCAGUACUACCAGUACUACUACAACCACUACGACCAGUACUACUACAACCACUACGACCACGACUACUACAACCAGUACUACCAGUACUACUUCAACCACUACGACCACGACGACUACGACAACUACGACCAGUACUACUACAACCACUACGACCAGUACUACCACGACCACUACGACCACCACUACUACAACCAGUACGACCAGUACUACUACAACCACUACGACCACGACUACUACAACCAGUACUACUACAACCACUACGACCAGUACUACUACAACCACUACGACCACGACUACUACGACCAGUACGACAAGUACUACAACCACUACGACCAGUACUACUACAACCAGUACGACUAUGACUACUACAACCAGUACGACCAGUACAACUACAACCACUACGACCAGUACUACUACAACCAGUACUACAACUACAACCAGUACGACAAGUACUACAACCACUACGACCAGUACAACUACAUCCAGUACGACCACGACUUCUACAACCACUACGACUAUGACAACUACGACAACUACGACCAGUACUACUACAACCAGUUCGACCACGACUACUACAACCAGUACGACCAGUACUACUACAACGAGUACUCCUACAACCAGUACGACCAGUACUACUACUACCAGUACGACCACGACUACCACAACAAGUACGACAAGUACUACUACAACCAGUACGACCAGUACUACUACAACCACAACGACCAUUACUACUACAACCAGUACGACCACGACUACUACAACAAGUACGACCAGUACUACUACAACCAGUACGACCAGUACUACUACAACCACUACAACCACUUCUACUACAACCAGUACGACCACGACUACUACAACAAGUACGACCAGUACUACUACAACCACUACGACCAGUACUACUACAACCACUACGACCAGUACUACUACAACCACUACGACCACGACGACUACGACAACUACGACCACUUCAACAACGACUACGACCUCUACGACAACGACCACUACAACAACGUCCACAACAACUACUACUUCUACAACCACGACUACCACAACCACAACGACUACGACCACUACGACUACGACCACCACGACUACGACCACCACGACUUCGACCACCUCAACAACAACAACGACGACUUCGACAACGACUACUACGACAACGACCACUACGACAACGACAACAACAACUACGACUACUACAACUACCACAACAACAACAACCACUACGACUCCGGGAAUCAUUUUUACUGUUGA